GCAAACACACCAACACAUGGGUGGUUUCCUACCGCAAGCAAACAUAGAAAGCGUCGCGACAUGGCACUGUUGCGCCUGUGGGGUAUACUCACUUUGACCUCCUUCUCAGUGUUUACUAGGAUCCCGUAGCAAGCGAAACCAUCAGCGUAGAUAUAAAAUCAUCUUUAAUAGUUUUUUUUGUGUGCGAAGCUAGACCUCUUAGGUGUUACCACCAUGCCAACCACCUGUAAGUUUCGACUACGGAACGAUACCAACAAAGUGUACUACUGUGGCGAAACGUUGGAUGGCAGCAUAGACCUUACAUUCUCCGAGAUUAAAAAAGUAAACGGAAUUAAACUUAUUAUUGCUGGCGUGGCCCAAGUAAAAUGGAUACAACAUCGUGGUCCCAAUCGAUAUAGUACCACUUUCAAAGGCAGUGAAGCUUGUCUACACUCCGAAAUUGAUCUACUGCGAGCAGAUGGUGACUCAAUGGAUGUUCCAGCUGGGAAGCAUACAUACAGUUUCGAUUGCCCCCUACCGGAAUCAUUGCCAGCCACAUUCGAAGGGAAAUAUGGCCGGAUUCAGUAUAUAAUCACUGUGAUUUUGCAACGCUCCUGGAAGGCCGAUAAAAUAUUCACGAUCGAAUUUAUUGUGUUGCGAAAUGUGGAUCUUAGUGCGGAGCCACCAUCGAUACGUGGUCCGGCACGAGUAGAGAUAUGUAAAGCGUUUCGGUGCUGGCCCUGCCGAACCGGUCCAUUGAUGGCUACGCUACAGACUUCCGCAACCGGUUAUAUUCCCGGACAGAGAAUUUCGCUUGUGCUGGAAAUCAACAAUGGGAGCAAUUCAAAAAUUCAUUCCAUUCAUCUCAAACUAGUGAUGGUAGUUGCGUACAUUAGCGAUACUCCUCGUGUAAAGCUGAAGAUCGAUCGAGAGGAUGCAGUUCAGAUUGAGCUCGAACAAACAGAUGAUAGUGAGGAGGUCAAAUAUGAGGAAAGCCUCAUAGUACCUCAGCUGCCCGCGUCCAGUGGAAAUGAUAGUUGUUGCAAGAAAAUCCGAAUCGAUUAUGAACUGGAAGCAGAACUGGAGGUCGGAGCAGUGCAUCAGUUGUUGAAGUUGACAAUACCCAUCGUCAUCGGAACCAUUCCACUCAACGGAGAUCGCCGUGAAUCGACCAUCAUGGAGCUGGAAUCAUAAGUGCGGUGUGAUCAACAGUGCAAGCUAGGUUUUGAGUUGUGAUUUUCGGUUUUUGGACUGCUUGUUAAUCUUUUACAAAUUAUUCUUUAUAACGAUGUUUUGCAAAGUGUUGUCACGUUUGCUUGUUAAUGUUGAAGUGUCACAAUGAUAAUAAUCAUGAUAAUUAUAAAAAUUAUAACAAUAAUAAUACGCUCAUUUCAAUGUAUAUUCACGUAUAUUAUUAAAAAAAACUAUGACCAAAGAGUCAUUUGUUCA